AAUCAAAGAGGCACCAAUCGAGGUCUACCGUAUUCAGCUUGGACCAACAAUAAAACCAUGGCAUCAGGGAUCACUGCCGAGACCAGCCGAUACUGUUUCCUCGACUUGGAUUUUGAUGAUCACCGUGCCAAGCUAGCGACGGCUGCUGGUUUUGUGGAUGCUACAGAUACAAGAUAUGGUUUUACGUCCCAAGAUCUUCGAUUAUUGGGUGGGUCUGAAAUUAGUCGAGUCAAAGACUUGAUUGCAACGGAUCAUGAGUGGAGCUCCAAGGCCACUUCGAUUGGUGUGGAAACAAAACCUCCAGUUGGAGGGAAUCGGGUAGUGGUGGAACUAUACUGGGAAGUGGCUCCCAUGGCAGCAGAGAACUUUGCCACGUUAUGUGCCAAUGGAUCGAUCAUUCCAGGAUCCAAAGACAAAAAGCCCAAGCCCGUUCCAACCGGAUCGUCAGGCAAGCCGUUAUCGUACCGAGGUUCGACAAUGCAUCGAUGUGUUCCUGGUUUUGUGCUACAAGGUGGAGACUUUGUACUGGCCAAUGGAAGUGGUGGCGAGUCCAUCUACAAUGGGAAAAAGUUCAAAGAUGAACGCGCUGGUCUGAACCUCAAACAUGACCAAAAGUACAUUCUGUCCAUGGGAAACAGCGGCAAAAAUGCCAAUUCAUCACAAUUCUUCUUCACUUUUGAUGCUGCCCCGCAAUGCGAUGGCAAGCAUGUCAUAUUUGGCCGGGCCAUUAGUGGAUUUGAGGUCUUGGACAAGGCAGAGACAUUGGGAACACCAGGGGGAGACCCAACAGCAACAAUACGCAUUACCGAUUGCGGGGUCUUUGGACCACUUGAGACACCAGGGGCUGGGUACUGGUACGACGCUCCUGAUCCUGAUUCGUUUUCAGGGGUGUCUCCAAUCUUUAUGGUUCUUCCUCGGGUUGCUGUGUUGGCGCCCAGCCAAGCAGUCCUGGAAAAGUUCCAAAAGGCCAUGGGUGACGCAGCCAUUGUAACGUUGGUAUCCGCCGAAACAUACAAAGAAGAAGAUGCUCAAAUCUCUCGAUUGAAUGAACUAUUGGGAUCCUUCUUUGUGGAUGUGAUUGUGGUAGCCCCUGUGUGCAAAGCAAUCAUUCCCAAACUGUCCCUUCCCAAAUCUUGGAGUGAUGCCAAGGUGACGAUGGAAGAGGCCAUCAUCGAUGCCAAACCAGUAGAAGCCAUUGCUUGCGUCAGAACCAAAUCCUGGUUGGCAAAGCGAGAUUGGCGAUUGGAAGGGACAUCAUAGUAGUGUGGCUUCGGCGGUGCUGCAUGGCUUGACCUACAACAACGAAAGUACAGCGUACCGGUAACUAGCUAGAAUGAUCUUUAGAAAGCAUAUACAAAGAGAGCAUUCGGUCUCGUGGUACUCCUUUCGUCAACCACCGGUACUGUACCGGAUAAAAGGAAAGCUGACUGAGUCACUCCACAGUCCAACAAAAAGCCUAAUAGUGAAUGUAAUAAUGUAGGAGUAAAGCAAUGAUUGUUCACAGUGC